AUGCUGCUGGGACUGGGGAGCAGCGGCGCGCUGCCCGGCGUGGGCAGUUCUGGCGCCGCCCAGCCGACGGUUCCGGAGCCUUCCUCCGUAGAGCAAGUCCUUGCCACCAUUCAGGCAGCACUCUCCAACGACCGCGCCACCCGGACUUCCGCUGAAGCGCUCUUGCACGGCUGGGAGGCGGACGCUGCGCCAGGCUUUCUAUCGGGCCUCAUGCGUAUUGUGGAGCAGCACGACGCGGUCCCGGAGCCUAUCCGGCUGCUGGCGGUGGUGGUGGCCAAGAACGCGGUGGGCAGCUCCUGGCGUAAAACCCUGGGCACCCGCGAGUGGUCGCGGGUUCCCGACACGGAGAAGGCCAUGGUGCGGGACGGAGCCAUGCAACUGCUGCUGACAGAUCCAAGCGGACGCGUGGCUCUUCAGCUGUCCCUGCUGAUCACCAACAUCGCCCGGUUUGAUUUUCCGGGGCGAGCGGAGAACCUGCUGCAGAUGCUGCUGUGCGCCGCCGGUUGGGAGGCCCCGCUCGCCCCCGCCAUCAAGUUCCGGGUGCUCAAGGCGCUCAAGAGGGUCCUGCAGGGACUCAGCUCCAAGCGCUUCGUCAUCGAGGCCCCGGCUCCCGGGGCGGCAAAUCUGUCUGCUCUGUCCGCACGGAUCAACGCCGAGCGGGCUCUGUUCAAGGCCCGGCUGGCGGACUGCUUUGCACCGCUGCACUCGCUGCUCACGCAGACCGCAGCCAAGUUCAUGGAAGGCUCCCUCAAUUGGGACGCCGCGGGGCCCUUCGCCGCAGCGGCAGCGGCCUGUCUGCAGGCGCUGCUCUACCUGACCCCCACCCUGCAGGACGACCUGGCCCCGGGGACGGAGGAUGUACUGCAGGCAAUACACGUAGGCUGUACCACCGUACAGCGGGGCCCGCCACAAACUAUCCCGCCGGCUCAAAGGGAGCAGUGGCUGGAACAGGGCGGCAAGCUGUACGAACGGUUGGCGGCACUGGCGAUCGCGUACCUGGAAACGGCAGCGCUGCCGUUCGCGCAGUACGUGCCGUACUUCCUGGACUUGUUCGUACAGUCUGCGCUCAUCGGUCUGGACGCCGCCACUGUCCGCGCCAUGCGACCCAAGCGACGGGUGCUGCUGGUGCGCUUCAUCUCCCGGGCCCUGCUGACGCCCUUCUACCGGCAGGAGUGGGUGGAGGCGCCGGUGCCAGGUAGCAGUGCGCUGGUGUCCAAGUAUGUGGCGCUCAGCGGGGAGGAGCUGGAGGAGUGGAGGGAGGACCCGGAGUCGUAUGCGCGCACCAUGGAGGUCGAGUCCGGUCCCGAUGCCGACACGCCCCGGCCCAUUGGUGUGGGUCUGUUGCUGUGUAUGUUGGAGCACGGCGGUGAGGGGGUGGCGGUGGUGCUGCUGGGGCUGGCGUCAGCACUGCAGCAGAGGGCCCCUGGUGCGGAGGCGCUGCUGAUGAGGGAGGCGUGCUACCGCUGCAUCGGUGCGCAGGCGCCGCCGCCGCCCACGGCCAUCGGCGGUGGCGCCAGUGGCGGCGAGCAGGCUCUGCUUGCGGCUGUCCUCGCUGCUCGUGCGCUGUGGCUGCUGGGCGUGUGCGGUCAGGAGCUCCCCGGUGUGCUGCUGGGGGGGGCCUACCAGCUGUGUGUAUGCUACCUGGCUGCGGAGGAUGUGGUGGUGGCCUUGUCUGCAGUGACAUCUCUGUUGGGUUUGUUGAGUCUGGUGUUGGACGAUCAGGCGGCGCUGGAGCAGCUGCGGGCGGCUCAGCGGGCGGCAGCGGGCCGGGGGGCAGCGGGGAGCCUGGUGGGGCGGGUGGACGCCAUGCAGCUGGCGGAGAACGCGGCGGGGGCCCAAGGGGGGGACUCCGACCUGCAGGAGAACGCAAGCGCCAUGGCCGAGGCCUCGGCCCGAGUGGAGAGCCGUCUCGCCUCCCUGUCGUCCGAGGUGACCGCUGCUGCGCUGCUCAACUGCUUCGGACUGCUGUCCCGGCUGCGGGAGGUGGAGAGCAUGGUGCGGGUGCUGCAGCUGGUGUCGGUGCUGGUGGAGGCGCUUGGGGAGCGCAUCCGGCCACAUCUGGGUAUCAUCGCCGCUGGUCUGCCUCAAGUCUGGUCCCGAGCGGAGGUCCUCUCCGCUGCCGCCGCCUCCGCCGCCGCCUCGUCGUCCCUCCUGGACAAGGCCAGCGGCUCAGCGCGGUCACAGACGGCGACGGCGACGACGCCUUCGGCGUCGGCCCGCAGUAAGCCUGGCGCGUUGGCGGCGGGCCGCGGCGACAGCGCCGGCGGCGGCGAGGCGGGUGCGGUUGUACGUCUGCACAGUGCGCUGAUUGCGGUGCUGACCCACUUGGUAGGCAAGCUGCGGACGGUGGCGCUUGAGGACCCCAACAUCUGCGGAGUGGUGUUCCCGCUGCUCAAGUACUCGACCCGUGUGGGCUCCCCGGAGAGUGAGGUGUUGGUGGACGAGGCCUUCCGCUUGUGGUCCGUCACUAUCGCCUCCCUGCCCGCUGUACCCCCCCAGCUGAGGGAGCUACUGCCCAACGCGGCGGCGCUACUGCGGCGGGGGAGAGACGCGGCGGCGCUGCUGCCGCUGCUGGAGGCGUAUUUGCUGCUCGACGCGGCCGACAGUCUCCGACCGUUAACUGCCGAUAUGGGCCGUGCACUGGAGGCUUCCAUUACCUCAACUGCUAAUGCCGUACUCGGGGCCACGCCCGCGGAGGCGAUGGCGGCAGCGGCGCUGAUCGACGUACUGCUGCAGCUGUUUCCUCCAGGGAAUUUCCCGGCGUUGGCGGCAGCGCCGCAGCCGGCACAACACGGUCCUGUGGUGGCAUUGGUGGCGCCGGCACUUCGCGCCAUGGCGGCACUUCUGGCGCACCCUGCCGUCCCUUCCGCGGGCCUCAAUGUCAAAAUCAUCAACAUUUUCGAGGGCUUCCUGGAAGUCCUUGGCCGUCUGUGGCUGCUCUCUCCCACCACCUUCCCCGAGCUGGUGGCGGGCCUGGGCGCCUCUGCCGCCGGAGCCGGCGGUGGCGACGGCGGUGCCGCCGGCCAGGACGCGGGCGGCCCAGGCGGCGACGGCGGCGGGGCUGUUGACCGGCUGUUGGACCGGUGGCUCACGAUCGCCUCUGCGCGGUUCCUUGAGGAGGUUGUGGGUGUCAAGACCAUGUCCAUGUUGGGUCGCUUCCGGCGGCGGAUGGCCACCAUGUCCCUGUCCUCGCUGCUGAUGGCUGGGUGCUGUGAACAGCUGUACGAGCCGCAAAAGCUGCUGAGGUUGUGUAACUUGGCAGUUCAGGCACUGGCUGACGAUUCGGAGUUCUCCGCCGACCAGACAGAGCUGGACUCCCUGGACUUCACCACCGACCUGGCAGCUGAUACGGUGCUGGCGCGGCGGCUGGCCAUUACACGGGCGGAUCCGGUGCGGAAGGUGGAUGUGCACGAGUGCGUGAGGAGCCUGAUGAACAAGGUGGCGGAGCGAGCUGGCGGUCCGGAGGCCUUCUUAUCCGCGCUGGCAACACACGGCGCAUCGGACAGAUUGCGCGCUCAGCUGGCUGCCGUACUCAGCGGUCAGCGCAUCCGAGCCGGCGGCGUCAUCGACGGCGAGGAGCCGGAGGACAGCGCUGACCCCGCCGAUGACGACGAGCUGUACGACAUGCUGCCGGCGAUGAGCGAGGGUGGCGUGCCGUUUGCCUCGCCGCGAGGUGAGGCCAGCCCAGGCUUGACAGCCAGCGCUCAGCGAACCAGCCAAACAACUGAAACUCCCGUAAUCGCCACAACUCAUGUCAGCUCCGAUAACCACACGGCACAAACUAGCCGCGGCAACGGUCCCACGCAUUAUGGGGCAACCGCAUCCCCAGCGCCGGCGCCACCAGCAACGGCAGGCUCUGAAAUCAUGCCGGGAUCCACGCCAGGCGCGCAUGCACAGCCUGCUGCCGCUGGGGCUUCAGCUUCGACAGAUGCUCGUACCAACGGCGUUGCAAUCGCCGCGUCGGAGGCCGCUGCUGCUGCUGCUGGAGACGCAGGCGCCCAAUGUGGCCCCAAGGAAGUGGCAUCAGAUGGUGAUGGCGACACCAUGAAAGCCGCCGAUCGAUCCCUCGACCCGGCCACCGCUACAGUGGCGGUAGUGUCGUCGGCGUCGAAACCAACUGUCGCCGAGCAGCUGUCCGCUGGUAGCGGCGACUCUGCCGCUGUUCCGACACCCUCGAAUACGAAUGGGAAUGUGAACGGCUCGGCGGUGAUGAUCUCCGACAGCUCUGUGGCGGAGAUGGCAACGGCGCUGCGGGCCGUGGCGGAGGAUGCAGCUCGGCAGUAUUGCAACGCUGUUGUGGUGGCGGCGGGUUCCUGGCUGGCGGGUCUGGCUGGCGGACUGGCGGCGGCGGUGGCAGCGGCCGCGGAGGAGCAUAUCAGGAAGCUGUCGCCUGCUGUCGCUGCGGAGCUUCCCCCCGACUGGGCCGGCCAACUCGGCGACUCGCUGCAAGCGGGCCUGGCCAGUUGGACCGCGUCCCCCUUACCCGCCUCCUGCCCGGGGGGUCCGGGGGCUCAGGCGCUGCAGGACGCACAGAGUCAGCUGCACAGGGCAGUGCAAGGGGCGGUGCAGGGCUUGGCAUUGCCGGGGGUAUCAUCGCAGCCUGGGCCUCCGUCGCGGCAGCUGCAGCAACAAGGCGGCGGCCGUAGCGGAGGCGGUGGUGGAGGCGGCGGCGGCAGACGCAAUGGCACGAGGGAUCAACAGCAGCGCAGCGGUGGCGGUGGUGGCGGUGGGCGGGAUCGCGACCGAGGGCGGGAUCGCGAUCGGGACCAAGAGUCGGGUCCCGCGGCUGGCGGAGGUGGGGGGCCGGCGGGUGGGGGUGGCAGCCGUGGCGGCCGGCGGGAUGGUAGCAUGAGUGGCGGCGGCGGCGGCGUUGGAGAACACCGCCGCGGUGGCGGCGGCGGCGGCACUCGGGGAGACCGUGGCCGGGGAGGCGGUGGCGGCGGCGGCGCUGCCAUCGGGCCUGACACUGACGCCGCUGGCCCUCCGCAGCAUCGCUUCGGUGACCGGGGCUUCAUGCAUGACGACCGCGACCUGGUUGAACCCGGGGAGAACAACCCCGGGGGGGGAGGAGGAGGGGGCAGUAACAGCAGCAGCUGGCGUCGCCGUCGCGAUGAAGAGGCGGACGGUGGCGGUGCACCCGGCAGCAGUCAAGGCAAGGGAGGGCCCCUGGAUGAGCGGGUAUCAGGAGCAGCUCAGCAGCAGGGCCCCCCCCGGAAGGUCAAGGCGGGGCACCAGGCCUAUACACCACCUGCACGCAGGGCGGGGGACAGGCAGGCGGGUGACGGAAACGGAGACGAGCAAGGGGGGGGAGGCGGUGAGGACUCCGCGGUCGGGUUGCCACCGGGGCUCGUAACUGCUGCCGACGGCUCAAUUGCAAUGGAGGUCAUCUCCCGCGCAGUGCAGGCCUCCCUGGCUAGGCUCAAGUCGCUGUCGGGACCUUCGGACGUGUUAACUUGGUCCGAUGUGACACCAGGGCCGCCGGCUAGCGUGGACAUGAGAGCAGUGGCGGAGGGACAGGCGGCUAGCUUCCUUGACGGCCGGGGGAUCAUUUACAAAUUCAAGCUGGCGGAGGAUGUGCACGUCAACAUGUACUACACAAAGGCGGGCUUCCGACGCAGCGGCGAUCUGCACAAUUGCAACCAGUACGACGUCGUACUACGUGGUCGUACUCGCCUACGCAUGAUUGACCCGCACACGGGUAGGGAGGUAGUUCAGGAGUACGGCGCCAACGACUUUAUCGUUAUACCGGCCAGGACGCCGCACAUGUUUGAGUUCCUUGAGGACAAUUAUUUGCUGGAAUGGUGGGACGACACGUUUCGGGCCUGGUACUACAAGCCGUACCGUACCGUCAUUGAGCAGGGGCUGCCACUGGCGUACACGGCGGGCCGGGACUUCUCCACCCGCCUCCCCCCUCCCCCCCACCUGGAGUGA